AGCGGGCGGGUAGAUGAAUGGAGAAGUGGAUGACAAGAAAAAUGUUUUUAUAGUCUUUAACGUACAUUGGACAUCAUGGUGUAUUGUGCUGCUUAUGGUUGCAAUAAUUCCAAUGAGAAAUGCCCUGGAGUCAGUUUUUUUGCAUUCCCCAAGGACCCGAAACUGAGAAAAGUGUGGGCUCACUACUGCCGUAGAAAAAACUUUGUACCUACUGUUUCCCACAAACUGUGUUCGGACCAUUUCACUGAGGAUUCUUUCAACAUUAAUCCUCAGGUACUGAGCGAUAUUAAUUGCCAAGCCAAAUUUAAGAGGCUACUUAAAGAUGGAGCCGUUCCCAACGUCCCAAUUCAGGAACAAGACGGCGGAGUGAAACCUAAAGUGCGACGGCCACCACGAGGUGCAUUCGCUAAGCGACUGAAAGCCCAGGUCAUUGCUGACCUGCUUAUUGCUGAGACACAACCUGUCAAUCAAGAAAAGAGUACAUCACAGACCUUGUUGGGUAACCAUGUUGGUUGCCAAACAGACCCACCCGGCCGGUCAUCUCAGGGUACACAGCUCUCCUUGCGUAGGCUAAGCCCUCGUGUUCGAACUAAAGGUACACAAGUUACAGGUUCUGUAAAUGUGGAGGUUGGCACGACUACCACAGAUGCACCUUGGACCAAAAGAUGUCCUCUGGCGUCCCCACCCUUCAAGGCUCUGAGGCCAGCAAAAAGACCUCGGCUGGAUUUCGAAGAGGAAGACAGAGGAGAGCUUUCCACAGAGGUCCCUGAACCACAGGCUCCCACCGAUGAUCCUGUCGAGUCAGUCACAGUUACGAUAGAAUCGUCACAGUUUUCGAGUACUGAGGUGAUGGUGAACACGCAAUGUUUGCUGGAGCUUUUCCAGUUCUGCUGGUUUUGUCAGAGAGAGUGCUGUACUACCAUUGAGGGCAACGAGAAGCUGUCUUCAGUCACACAGGACUGUAAGAGUUGUGGCGACCGCAGAGACUGGAUGAGUCAUCCUCCCACAAGUUUAUCUAGUGAUGAAGAAGCAAGCCUUUCAGAAGAGGAAGAGAAAAAGAAAAGAAAGAGGAAGUCUGAUAGUUCAGAUGAGUGGGAGCCUUGUUUAGAUGAAGAAGCCACAGACUCUGAUGUGUCUAUGGAUGAAGACCUGUUCACAGCUUUAAAGGAGGAGGGUCAGGGUAAACUUGUGGUGUGGUGUACACAAUGUGAGACUGAGGCCUCGCGCUCCUGUUCUAUCCUUAAACACAAAAAAGUGUUCUGCUGUUCUCAGUGCAGGACAGGUGACGACGUUCAAACACACAAUUGUGAAAUUCUACCUGUUCAGUUUGAUGAUGUUGCCAGUUUUCAAAUGCAUGUUGAGCAGGAGCACAGAGCCAAACCAUUCAAUAUACUGUGUCAGGAUUGUGGCAAGUUUGUUAGAGCAAAUAAAGAGCAUGUCUGUGAACACAAAAUCAAAUUAAUUGUCUGUUCAGACUGUGGGAAAAGGUUCCUCACUGAGGUCGGCUUAAAGGCGCACUACAAUCAGGUCCAUUUGGCUGGUGAUCAUCCAUGUAAAUACUGUCUGAAGGUCUUCAAAACCAAAUCUGCAAAACUGGACCAUGAGCAGACUCAUCCUAAAGAAACUCCAUCCUACAGCUGUCCAGAUUGUCCACAGAUGUUUCGUGAGAUGCACAAACGCGAUAAACAUGUUAGAUCCCAUCGAGGUCCACGUAAACAUGUGUGUGAUGUCUGUAACAAGGUGUUUAAGUAUAGUACCAGGUUGAGGAGGCAUAAACUCAUCCACUCUGGUGAAAAGCCUUUCAAAUGCCAAGUGUGUGAGCGUUCCUUUAACCAAGUAGUAAACCUCACUUCCCACAUGCGUGUCCACACUGGAGAGAAACCUUUCAUGUGUGAGCAAUGUGGAGAGUCAUUCAGUCACAACGUCAGCCUGAAGAACCACAAGCAACGACACCAUGACUCGGGUUCGACUCAGGAGGAAGAAAUAAUGAGUGAUCUAGAGGAAAACGAUUUAUAAAUGGUGGCAGUUCUUUAGUAAAGCUUUGAUUAAUAGUUCACGAGGAAAAAUUAUGUCUGAAGUCCUGCAUCUGUAAAUGGUUAUUAAAAGUCUAUUAAGGAUGCAGAUAUUUCCUCAAACAAGCUUUUAUUUUAAUUCACAGACCUGUCUUCAACUUUUAUAAAGCCUGCCUUGUCAAAACUGCCAUGUAGUCUUCUCCUGUUAUUUGUAUAAUACAGACUGUGCUGUCUCUCUUGCUGACACAAUAAAUAGAAGUUACAGAA